CUAAUAUAAUUAAUGAAGAAGAAUUAACUGAUAGAAUAAUUCUUGAAACUAAUUAUAAAGCUUAUAACAAUAGUAAAUUAAAUCAAAAUAAUAAAUCUGAACAAAUUAUUAAAUCUGAACAAAGUAUUCAAUCUAAACAAAAUAUUGAAUGUAUUAUCGAAUCUGACCAAAAUAUUGAGUCUGAACAAAGUGUUGAAUUAUGUUAA